AUGAAACCAAAAGAUGAGCUGGACCUCAAGAAAUACAACACAUCAGAUGAGGGGAGAAGAAGACUGAUACCAGCUGUGAUCAACUGCAGAAAAGCUCUGCUUGCUGGCUGUAAUCUCACUGCUCAGGAUUGUGAAAUUGUAUCAUCAGCUCUACAAUCCUCAAACUCUGUCCUGAGAGAACUGGAUCUGAGUAACAUUGACCUGCAGGACUCUGGUGUGAAGAUUAUUUCUGAUGAACUGAAGAGUCCAAACUGUCAGCUGCAGAUACUGAGGUUGUCUGGCUGUAUGGUGACAGAGGAAGGCUGUGGUUAUUUGUCUUCAGCUCUGAGUUCAAACCCCUCACACCUGAGAGAGCUGGAUCUGAGCUACAAUCACCCAGGACAAUCAGGAGUCCAGCUGCUCAAACACAAACUGGAGGAUCCAAACUAUAAACUGCAGAUACUCAAGUAUAUCAAACAGUAAUACUGACAUUCUAAACGUUUGUGUGCAUAUCUACAAUAAUGUGUGUUUGUGUUUAUAGGGCGGAUCAUGGAGCAGAGUUCAUGAUGACAGCAGGACUACGA